CACAGCCCCCAGGAUGCAUUGCGACCAUGGGGAUUUCCAUCAUGUCGGCUACCAGGAGAGCCAGCAGCAGCAGCAGCAGCAGCGAGGAGGAGGAGGAUUUGGGGCGCCUCCGGGAGGCUGCCUGGGAUCCGGUGCUGCAGCGAGCAGCAGCAGCGGCCCUGCUGGUGCCCAAAGGCGGUAACUUUAAGAAGAUCAAGUUGCCAUCCGCUGAACUUAGCAUCAGAGAGAAGGUCUCCGAUCACGGGCAGGAUGGGAAUGAGCUGCAGACCACUCCAGAAUUCCGAGCUCAUGUUGCAAAGAAAUUGGGAGCAAUUUUGGACAGCUCCAUUACUAUUUUGAAGCAUUCUCCAGGACCUGCACAGGACAAUUUGCAGUCCUCAGAGACUGAAGACGAUGGCUUCCGCCUCUUCUCCUCAUCAGUGCCAGGAGACUGUGGGGAGCCAGAACCUCAGGCUGCGGGAAGGCGACGGCAACGGUACUGCAGCUCCAGCGAGCAGGACAGUGACGAAGAAUGGCAGAGGUGCCAGGAAGCCACGGUGACAGCAGCAGACAUCCUGAAGCAUAGCGGCCUCCCAGCAGCGCUCCAGGAUUCCAGCCAGGACCACCACUGCCCGGCCACGGAGCCCAGCCAGAAGAAGAGGAGGAGGAAAAAGAAGGCAAAAGUGAAUGGAGAGAAUAGCAGUGAGCAGGAGGCCAGAGAAGGAGCACAUCAUGGGACUGAGGGGGCCUCGGGCUUCGAAGGAGCAAGCAGGAGAGGAGAGAACGUGAGUACGGAGGAUAUGGCAGUGAUGAUGAAGAAGAGGAAGAAGAAAACGAAAAAGAGGAAAGUGGAAAUAAGGAUGGAGUGAUGUUUUACUGACACUUGUUACUAGGA